AUGGCUCACUAUGCACUCCAGGGAACAUCGGUGUUUGAUGCCUGGGACCAAUCGGCAUCUUACAUUCAUCGUCUCAAGUGGCUCUUGCUCUUGUGUCAUCCAUCGGAAGCCAACGAACGUAAAUGGGCGCAUUUGUACUUGCCAGCCGUCCAGCAAACUAUUCUCGAACUGGGUGAUAUUCAGGGACCAAAAGCACAAGACCUAAAUGCGACAACUGAUCGGGUUGAGAAUGUUGCAGAUGCAUGUAGCGAUGAUGAAGCAUAUCAAGCCUCGGGCGAAAGCUCAGAUUCGGAUGAGUAUGAGUAUGAGAGUGAAGAUGACUUUGCCCCACUCUCAUGUGUUCCAUCCAUGCUCUCGGGCUGA